AUGAAAUGGUGUCUUUCUCAUAUUCAGACUACACUCGCUGAAGAUAAACUUCUUUACCAUUCAAUGUACAACAUUGUUCAUAUUGACGAGAAAUGGUUCUAUAUGACAAAGACAUCAGAUAGAUACUACCUGUUGCCGGAUGAAGAUGUGCCAUACAUGCCCUGUAAGUCCAAGAGAUUCAUCACUAAAGUGAUGUUCAUGACUGCUGUGAGUAGGCCACUUUGUGGGCCUGAUGGAGACAUCAUAUUCGGUGGUAAAAUAGGGUUAUUCCCGUUUACAGAACAGAUACCAGCCCAAAGAAGUUCAAAGAACAGGCCAAAAGGGACAAUGGAGACAAAGCAUAUUCAGUCAAUUACCAAGGAAGUCAUGACAGCUUGUCUCCUAAACCAGUUUGAGGCACUUGCAAGUACUGAUGGAUUUGAAUUCCGUCUAAUUAACCAACCACCCAACUCCCCAGACACAAAUGUGUUAGACCUUGGGUAUUUCAGGGCAAUACAGUCACUACAAGAUGACAAGAUGGCCACAAGUGUAGAUGAUUUGCUUAGGAAUGUGUUUACCUCAUUUGGAGAACUCUCACCACAGACUCUGAAUAGAGUAUUCAUCACUUUGCAAAGCUGUUUGACAGCAAUAUUACAAGUGCAUGGGAAGAAUGACUACAAGAUCCCUCAUAUGAACAAGAACAGAUUGGAAAGAACAGAGGGGUUGCCUUUACAACUUCAGGUUGAAGAAGGAUUGGUGAGAGAGAGCUUGGAGUAUCUAAAGCUGCCUGAAAACAACACUGGGGACUCAUAUGACAUAUGGCGGCUUAACCAUGCUUUAGGGUACUAG